UUAAUUGAUUGAUCAAUUGUUUAGGAGGAAGUUUGGGAAGUAGCAGCACAGCUUCUUGGCCUUGCUCUGGGCAUACUGAUCCUGGAUGCACCUGGCCUUCUCAAAUCAUAUCCAGUGUUGUCAUUGACAUGGAUGAGCAUGCGGCUUCUGCACCUUUGGUUACGUUAUCAAUCACUUUCGGUUCUACUAUUUAACACAAUAAACCUCAAGCGUGCUUGUCUGCUGGUAAAAUCACAUGUUUUACACUCUAUUGUUCCAGGAUGUGUUGCAUGCAACAAGGAUGAAAAUAUUUUAUUAUGGCAAAGAUUCAUGAAGCCACGGAUAACAUUUGGUGUGUCCUUGGAGGAGAUGGUUUGUGGUGGGAGAUCUGUUUCCAUGAUAAAAACACUUCUAAAAUUAUAUGCAAAGGAGCAAUAUAUUCUUAUGGUGAACCAACAGCAAGGAGAUUUUGAGGUCUUUGUCUCAUUCAAGAUCCCAAUGCAGGUGGAAGCUACAAGUGUGUCUGUCUUGCGUAGUGUGUGGCAGACUUAUUGGCUACAUGAGAACUGGGACAGUUCAGAUGAUGUCUUCCAUCAGCUCGCACAAAGCAUAUUGCAGAUGGAAGAUAGAUUUGAGGAUUUCAUCCAACAGUUAAAUAGAGCUGGAUGGGAUACUGAUCAAAUAAAUCUGAGGGUCCCUAAGGAAAUUACCAUUGAUGAAUCAGGUCUUGUUUGAUUGUUCAAGCAUCGUGAUCAAAAUGUCUUCAUUUUUGGGUUUGAUCGUCAGUGCCCUAUAAUGUGGGCUCUCACUCAGCCAAAAUGGACAUGCUGGUGGGUGUGCAUCACAAUGCUGUUUGAGGAAGGUGUCCAGUUCCCUUUGCCAAUUUUAUCUGAAAAUAAGGGGAACGGAGCCAUGGAAACAUUUAGCUAGAAAAAGAGGUACUUGGACUUGAAUCCCUUGGCUGGUAUGCUGUGACGUUGUGCACUGGAAGGACAGUUAUAGAGGUUCAGAUGGGCUUGAGGUCCUGUAAUGUAACGAGUAAUUUUGGCUUAUUCUACGUUUUGAAGUGAUGUAUUUAAUGGACCACAAAAUUUUAAGUCCUUUCUUUCAUUUUAGUUUUUAUUUGCCAAUAUUUUGACUUGAUUGCAAUCAAUUUAUCAAAUAUGGAGUGUGUAUAUAUGCUAAAAAUGACACCAUGUCAAAUUUGAAGCAGUGUAUUGUGACGUUAUAUA